UUGGAGCUCGACUGCGAUUGUGGUAGCACGACAAGUGUCAUGUUUCAGGUAGUGCGGCGGGAUAUUUCAUCCCAGUUGUUAUAAAGCUUGCAAGAUUUGGGCCUACAAAUACUGAUCAAACUUCUUCAAGCAAUUCCACACCUCGUUCAUCGCUCGGAUGUCUACUACCUCCUGCAGUUGAAGAAGGCUUCAAUACACACAGCGACCCUAUUGCUUGAUCCUAGCUGCUUGAUCAUCGGUGAUCACACGAUUGAUUGAUUGACAUCAAGAGCUGUGCUGAGAAUGGCUUCUGAGGAUUCUGAGCUGGGGAAUGGCCUGCAUGCUGCUGAGAAACCCGACCACUUUGAGACUUCAGGCUCGGAGAAGAACGCCACGGAACGUGAGCAGGAUUCUAGCGCAGGCAGUAAUGGUGUAAAUCAGGACAUGGCUAAUAAGCCAGAACCCAACACCGCGAAACGCACCACGAAGUUCUUCCAGGAGAAGGUUCGUCAGGCUGUUCGCUAUGGCCACGGGGACUUCGACUUCACCCGACCUAGCUCUGCCGAUUGCGCUCAGGACUUCGAUGACAGCGAUGUGAACCCCUGGGGCCCAGUUUGCGCCAAAGAUAUAAUCGCAAGCAUCUUGCGUCCGGCCCAUUGGAAUACGAAGGAGAGUUGUAAGACACAGAUCAAUCAAAAGAGUCCGAUAAGCCUGGCCACUUGCUCAGAAUAGGCACACGACACAUUGCCCCUUGCUUCUUCCUCUGGCUCGUCCGUCGGCCACAGAACCUGCUACCCCUUUGUUGGCGUCGUUUCCUCGUCAUGGAGCUCACAACUUUCCGUCUUUUUGUAGAGGAGGAGGAGCAGUGGCCUGUAGAUUACGUUCCGUCCUCCAAAGGCAGAAGAUAUAAGAAUUCGAUAUGUUAAAUCCUCACACGGACA